AGCUUGUGCACCCAACUCAGAUGCUCGCCGAGCUGCUCGUGUAUGUGACUGAUUAUUCUGAGAUUGCUGACAAUUCCCGUGAUGCAGCGCACCUGGUCUCUGUCAGGUCCGUUAGACUGGAUGCGAUACAUCAACAAAUAUGUGGAGGUGAAGGCGGGAACGAGCGAGGAGCGUGAGCACUGCGGGUGGCUGUUGACGGUGGAUCCGGUGUCCGCAAGUCUGGUCCUGGUGAACUUUGGUGAGGUGGGCAGAGCUUCUGUGCGGGUGGUGAUGGGUCACGUAGUGGAGAAGGUGGAGGUUCUGCAGGAGGGAGAUCAGGAGAUGGUGGACCGGCUCCAAGCCAUCCUGAUCCAGACCCAGAGCUCAGAUCUGGACCCGGAGCAGCUGCAGUUGCGGAAGGACACCGUACAGCUGUGGCUCCAGAAGAACCUGAUACCUGUGGAGGAAGAGGGGGCGGAGCUAAAGGUGGCAGGUGUGCUCACAAUCUCUGCACCUUACAGGCCGGAAGACUGCAGGAGCUGCAACCAGAUCAUCUUGGACCGGAUCCAGAGACUGAUCCGGAUUAAACCAGAAUACUAAAAGCGUCUGAAGAUGCAGGUCGACAAAACCACCCCAAAGAUGAGAUCAAAUGGAAAUACGAAAAGAAAUCAUGUAAGACAUAAUGAGAUGUUUGAGGUCUCAUCCUUCAGAAUCAGGUCUGAAGCUCCUGUUUCUGACAAACUGGAUUUAAACAUCAUGGACUCAACACAGGAAGCAGCAAAGUCUGAAGGUAGAAGCUGAAGCUACAGAUGAAAACGUCUGAACCAACAGUUCAGUUAAAACCCAGAAGGACAUGAAAGUCUGGAACUUUAUCUUGUACAUAAUGCAAAUAAAAAAACAUUCACCUGUGGGUUUUUUCAGUUUGAGUCGAAGCUAAAAACAACAAAGCAUUUUUGACCCAAACAAAUAAAAGGUUCAGAAGCUGAAA